GGUGGCGGGGAGCUGGGAGCGACUCUGCAAGAGACUCUACGUAACUUCCGCUUCUGAAUAAAGAUGGCGUCCUCCAAGACGGGAGACGGCAUGAGUGAAGCCCAAACAGCGAAAAAGUCUAAAAAGACUACAAACCAGGUGGAUGAAUCUGAACUCCUGACUGUUCCGGAUGGAUGGAAAGAGCCCUCAUUCACCAAAGAUGACAACCCCCGCGGUCUGCUGGAGGAGAGCAGCUUCGCCACCCUCUUCCCCAAAUACAGAGAAGCCUACCUGAAGGAGUGCUGGCCGCUUGUGGAGAAGGCUUUAGGAGAGGCACACGUCAAAGCUUCUCUGGACCUGAUCGAGGGAAGCAUCACCGUCUGCACCACUAAGAAAACAUUUGAUCCGUACGCAAUUGUGAGAGCGAGAGAUCUCAUCAAGCUGCUGGCAAGAAGUGUGCCGUUUGAACAGGCUGUGCGGAUAUUACAGGAUGACAUGGCGUGCGACAUCAUCAAAAUUGGGACACUUGUGAGGAACAGGGAGCGGUUUGUGAAGCGCAGGCAGCGGCUUAUUGGUCCCAAGGGCUCAACCCUAAAAGCGUUGGAGUUGUUGACUAACUGUUACGUGAUGGUGCAGGGAAACACUGUGUCGGCUCUCGGGCCCUUCAACGGCCUCAAAGAGGUACGAAAAGUGGUGAUGGACACGAUGAAGAACAUUCAUCCCAUCUACAACAUCAAGACUCUGAUGAUCAAACGGGAGCUCUCUAAAGACCCCGACCUGCGGGUGCAGAGCUGGGAACGCUUCCUGCCAAAGUUCCGACACAAGAACCUGACCAAGCGGCGAGAACCGAAGAAGAAGAGCGUGAAAAAGGAGUACACGCCGUUCCCUCCAUCGCAUCCAGAGAGCCAGGUUGACAAGGAGCUGGCCACAGGAGAGUUCUUCCUGCGUGAAAGUGUGAAGAGGAGGAAGAAGAUGGAAGAGAUCAAGGUUAAACAAGCAGAAGCUCUGACCAAGAAGCAAGAGGAGAGGAACAAAGCUUUCAUUCCUCCUAAAGAGAAGCCACUAAUGAAGAAAUCCACCAAAGCUCCUGCAGAAGGUAAGCUCGACAUCAACGCCAUCAAGGAGAAAGUGAAAAAGGCCAAAACAAAGAAACUGGGGGCUCCGCCUGUGAACCCAGCUCCUCCUGCAGGCAGCAGCACCAACAAAAAGAAAAAGAACAAAGGCUAACACAGACUUCCACCACCACUGACAUGAUGUGUCCAUGAAGGUGGAGCUUGGAUCACAAACUGUCAUGGUCACUUUUAUUGAACAAUUCAUGUCGCGUGGACUCAAUGUCCAUAUUUGCUUGUAUCGCUUUCAUCCUCCUGGAGACCAAACAUCAGUCAGAGGACGAGCACACCGCCGUUGACUGAUAUCGUACAUUUUCCUCUCUUUCUUUCUGCAGAAUAUUUAUGUUUCAAAGUGUUAACAGAUGCAUGUUUAGGAGGAUGCAGACUCAAUCAGCUGAAAAGUGUGAAAUUAAAGAUUUUUAACAACUCUAA